CAUGAUCUUCUCUCCCGGUGGUCCCCUUUUGAUGAUUGACGGGAUUUCUUUCUUGUAUUUAUAUUCUUAAUUUCUGUGUUCUCCCUAUCUCUAUACCCCGAGACCAUGGCGGACUCCUCGAAACCCGCUCCGGCUUCAGGCCCGGCUCCCAAGCCGCAGAACCCAGCCAUGCGCAUGAUGGGAAUGCCCAACAUCCGUUUCAAACUUCCCUCGCGCAAUUGGAUGAUCUUCCUCACCAUCACCGGUUCGUUCACGGCGGCCCUCAUCUAUGAUCGCAGGGAGAAGAGUCGUACGCAGCAGAAGUGGUGCGAUCUGGUGGCGCAUUUGUCGAAAGAGUCCCUUCCGGUCGACCAAACUCGCCGAAAGCUGACCGUCUAUCUGUCCGCCCCUCCGGGUGACGGGCUCCGCACCGCCCGGGACCACUUCAAAGAAUACGUUAAGCCCAUUCUCGUGGCCGCAGCUUUGGACUAUCAAGUCGUCGAAGGCAGAAGACAAGGCGACGUGAGGGCCGGACUAUCGGAACGGAUCCGCAAACUCAGAAGGAAUGCAGGCGAGUCGAGUACCCUUGUCGAGGAACCCACCAUAGAAGAUGUUGUUGCCGACGCGAGACAAAAGAUCGGUGUUACGGACGAGCCAGGACCGAAGGGCGAUUUAGUAAUUGGACGUCAUACUUGGAAGGAAUAUAUCCGCGGUCUUCAUGAAGGAUGGCUCGGACCUCUCGACCCUCCUCCAGCCCCAGCCGCUGAACCUCUGGACGCGCCUCCGUCCGAAGGAGCAGAGGCAAGCAAGAUCUCUGAUGAUGGCACUCCCGCACCGGAGAAUCCCGAAAAGACCGAAACCGCCGAGAAGAAGGAGGAAAAGCCGAAGCCUACCGGUCCGACCCCGGCAUACUUGGCCGUUGCCGAUUACUCGUCGCAAAGUCUUCCGCGCUCUCUGCCCGACUCUCUGGAUGGAACUGUCCCAGUCGCCUUCCCGCACAUUCUGGGCUUCUUGAACACUCCGAUCCGAGUCUGGCGAUACUUGAACCAGCGCCACCUCGCCGAUGCCGUAGGCCGAGACGUCGCUGGCAUCGUUCUCGCGUCGAGCACUAGACCCUACAAGGAUGGCUUUUCCGGCGCAGACUCUGGAUUCGGUGCCGCGGACGUUGAUGCUGGUCCAUCAUCUUCAGGCAACUACGAGCAGCAGACUCUACUCGAGGAGGAGGAGCCGGAAUGGCACAAAUCCGUGCACAAGAAGGACGAGUCGAACCCCGACCAGGAGCGCGAAUGGGUCGACGAAGUUGUCGUUGACCCCCGCAUCGCAUCGCGGAUGCAGCGUUAUGUUCUCUCGUCGGACGAGGAGGCUCGUUCGCAGCGUAUUCUCGAGGGGUCGGAAUAUAUUCUCGGCGAAGAACGACCCCCGCCUGUUCCCUUCUGGAAACACCUGUGGAUCAAGUACGGCUACGGCGAGGAUGAGGAAACCAUCAGAAGAAAGCCCAUCCUGGGCAACAUCGAUGAGGAGUGAUUUGGCCUCCUAUUUACGGGAUAUCUUGUUCGAAAUGACUGGCUCUUUUUUCUUUAUAUUAGACGUCAUGGGACGCUUCUCUUGCAGCAAAGACCACAACCACUCCACUGUACCACAACAUCUCAGCAUUGUAUAUUAAUUAGACUUGGGCGUUAUAUGUGAUUCUAUAAAUACUAGAGGACUGAGAUGCC